AUGGUGGAGGGCCUCCUGGGGAAGUUGGCCAAGAAAGGCCGAGUCCGCAAGCACCUCACUCCUCUGUACUCCAGGUCCUCUACCCCUGCUGCCGUCUCCUGCUGGGCAGGUGCUUUCGGGAUCGCUGGGAGCCCUGGCGACAAGCCUCUGCCAGGAUCCUGGACAGCCCGGGACACUGGCACGGAAGCUGCUGCCGAUUGCAUUCCUCGGCCCAGGAGAAGGGCUCCUCCCGCCCUGACCAGGGCCUUUGCCUCCCGUUCGGGGCCUGCGGCUCCGGCUGGGUCGCGGGCCCCCUUGGCACGGGGUGACCAGGCUGCACAUGCCGUGGAUGAGCCGGCCAGAGCAGCGUCGCUGAGCCCGCCUCCAAGGUCGCCAACAAGGGCCACGCAGCUGGGUGCCCGAGGCAGGGGGCGGGACAGUGGGGGUAAGAGGGGGUGGAGGAGGACGGCGGGGGGUGGGGUGGGCGAGCGGGAGGGUGUCUUGGGACUGGCCUGGCCGGGCCGCCACGCACAGCACCACGGGCCGAGAGCGGCUUCCAGGGCGCCGGGCCCGCCCGGGCCGAACCCGACUUUGCUCCGAAGGGGAUGGGACAAGGGGCCAAAUGCCCAUGGGCCGCUAGCUCGGGCUCCUUCACAGCAGCUUCCUCUUGUCCCGCCCGGACAUGGCGGGCGCCGGGGCCCCGAGGGCCCCCCACGCCGGGCGCCCGAGCCCGCGAGCCUCGUCCCCACGCCCGACUCGACAGCUGGCGGGGGGCACGGCCCGUGUCCCGGCCAAGCCCUGGACCUGACGGGGACACCGGCCCCCGCCGCCGACCGCACCCCUUCAUCACCCUCCUCCCCAGGAAGGGACAGUGCACGGUCCCCGGGAAUCCGCAGAGCAGGUCCUCUCGUUGGCAGUGUCGCACCACUGAAUGCCAACCUGCCCUUCCCCCGCCCCCACCCCAGUCCUCUCCCGCCGCCCUGCGCUAAGGGGCAAAGAACGCAGCAAGGCGAAAACGGAAACAAACAAACAAACCAAGAAAAACAAGGAAAAGGCCCAAGGGCUGUCCAAGAGGGCCAACAGGAGGUGGCCAGGGAACCUGGCCACUUUGGGGGUGUCGGGGCGGGAUGGGCCUCAAAGUCCGGCGCUCCACCCUGCAGACCCUCCAACGUGUGGGGUGCCGGGCGGCUGCUUUGGCGACCAGCAAGCUGUGACUUCUCACGGGGCCAGGCGGGCAGCGAUCCCGUAUCGGGAGCUGUACCUGGGGCUGGCAACCUGGGUCAACCGCAGACCUGGGGGGACACGCCCACACGGUCCCAGGCACCCGCAGCCAGGGUGUGGUGGGGCUCAUUCAAAGCGGGGCCUGACUGCGCCCCACCCGGGGUUCCCAGCCUGCCCGCCGGACCUCAAGCAGUCCCACUCGGAGGGGUAGCGCUAGCAGCUCACGCCAUCCCCGCCACUCACCUCUCUCCCCCGCCCUCAGCAGGGUCCGCUCCGACCGCUCCCCCCGAGCGGCUGUGGCAGCUGCUCCGCCUGCCACUGGACGCGGUGGGAAGAGGAACGGUCGGGUCGGUGGCCGCUGUCCUGAGGGUGCCGAGGCCUGAACCGGGCCCGGGCCCGGGUCCAAGCCCUCAAACUCGACUCAGCUCCACCGACUCGCGGGUCUACGGGCACCAGCUCUGUCCUGUCGGCCCCCCACCCCCUCCUGCACACAGUUGCACAGGACGGACUGUGGGGUCCCGGGGGGCAGGGGGUGUAAGGGCGUUUGACCUAGGAUGUGGCCAAGUGACGUUUCUCCCAACCGCUUUCCCCUGGAAAGCGCGGGGAUGCGAGGGCAAGCGGACCCCCAUCCCUGGCGGACAAGGCAGGGACAGGAUCGAGCAGGACCGGAGGUCACUCCGCACAGACGUUGACAAGGCCGGGGGAGCCAGGUGCUGUGAGAGCCGCCCAAGGCGAAAGAGCAUACCUCACGGCACGUGCCUCGUGGGGUCACGGCCGCUGACCUCGGGGAGAGCGGGCCCUCUGGGCCCCAUGGCUGUCAUUUGCCUUAAAGCCCAGAAGCACAGGGGACCAAGGAAGGCAAGUGGCACGAACCAGGCGGUGGCAAGGGAAAGUACAGGAGAGAAGAAAGUUUACAUCAGUGCCCACAGGCACGCGCCUGCACGCCUACACAAGUGGUGCGUGUAUUUCUGCAUCCGCGCACGGCCAGAGGGGGCGGCGGCCCUGGCAGAGCAGAAGAGAGGCAGGGAUGCCCGGAGGAGAGGGCAAGCAAGGCCAGACCCCCGAGUCGGUGCCCCGGGAGAGCUGGGGCUGGGCCCCAGAAGACCCCCAGGGAUAUCGGUGAGCAGGUGCACGGACAAUACAGGCACCCUCUUCCCCGGGAGGGUGGACUUCUACCCCCCGAGAGACGAGACAGGGAGAGGGAUCCCCGGGGGCGUGCAGUGCCUGUGA